AAAUGAGAUCAUGUUUCAAUUCAGGAAGAUGUAUGCUUCAGGAAAAUUCCUAUCUUUUAUUAUAUCAUCAAGGAGAUAUUUGGAGGAGAGCCAGUCCUUUCAAUUACAAAAAAUAAAGAAUGGAAUAUUGUUGGAAAACAGAUCCAAAUUCCAGUGAAUCACAUGAAGAACAGCAUGAGCACCAAGAAUUUCACUCUGCAAAUCAACCCCUUUUUCCCAGGCAAGUCAGUGUGGGUUUUGAUCAGCUAGUAGAUGAGAUCAGUAAUGAAAUUCCAUUCUAUCAGAGUGAAAUGGAAGAAAACACCAUUUUUGUGCCCAGUGCACCAAGCAGGGACUCAAAAAGGCAUUCACUUGAUAAAAUACAUCAAAUAUCAUUGAAUGAAUUCGCUUCUAAAAGUUCAGAACUCUCCUAUCACCAAAUUAGGAAAUCACCAGUAAUUGGUUUUAGGAAUUCUGCACUACCAAAUCCUCAAAACAUGAAUACAGAAACCUCUAGUGGGAAACCCGUAGGAAAAGACCAUGAUGCUGCGAAUUAUAGAUCCAGUAUUUUAAUUCCAUCAUCAACUCAUUUGGAUAAAAUUAAUUCAUGGAGAGAAUUAGAAAAUGAAAAUCCUAACUAUCAUAUAGGAUUUGAAAGUAUCAUUCCUCCUGCAUAUCCAUCCUCCUCAACUGACUUCAUGCCAAAAGAAGAGAGUGAAAAGAGUAGAAAUAGGAACAUUGUGGAACCUUCUCUGAUGUUUUUAAAAGGUUCUUUUCUACCCAGAACAUGGGAAAGUACCUGGCCAAAGAACAAAGAGCUCAUACAUUGCUCCAUUCAGCUAGUUGAAGUACCUCAAGGCAAUAAUAUGAGUCUGGCCUCCUUUUGCAACAACGUAAAAAAAGUAAGAGAAGCAUAUCAUGCAGCUGACAUUAAUUCCAAUUCUGGGAAGAUCUGGAGCACCGCGACAGCAUUUCCACAUCAGCUUUUUUCUAAUACUAAGUUUAGUAUAAAUAUUUUUACUGGUAACUCAACACAACUACUUCAUCUUAUGCCAUAUGCUAAUUAUCUUGUCAAAGACCUAAUUGCAGAAAUUCUACAUUUUGGUAGAAAUGACCAGUUAUUCCCCAAGGAUCAUCUUCUAAGUAUAUGUGGCUAUGAAGAAUUUUUACAGAAUGAUCAACCUUUGGGGAGCCACAAAAUAUUUCAGAAAGAUAAAUCGGUUAUUCAACUUAAUCUGCGUAACAAUGGAGACGUUCCAGGCAAGUUAUCUCGAAAGCAUGAAGAUGACCACACUCAGUUUUAUCUGAACCAACUUCUAGAAUUUAUGCACAUUUGGAAAGUAUCCAGACAGUGCCUCUCAACAGUAAUAAAAAAAUAUGAAUUUCACCUGAAAUACCUACUGAACACCCAGCAAAAUGUGGAUAAAAUCAUUGAAGAAGUUAAAAAUAUAUGCAGUGUUCUAGGGUGUGUGGAGACCAAACAAAUUACAGAUGCUGUAAAUGAAUUAAAUCUACUUCUUCAGAGAAAAGUAAAGAAUUUUCAUCAAAAUUCAGAGACUUCAGCAAAAGGCCUGAUAAACAAAGUGACAGCUGAACUGUCCACGUCCAUCUACCAGCUAAUUGAUGUCUACUGCAGCAGCUUUCAUGCAGAUUUCCAGCCCCUAAAUGCACCUGAAAGGAUUUCCUCUGUAAAUCCUGGGCUCUAUUCCCACCUUAGCUUCACAGUGUAUGCAGUUCACAACAUUCCAGAGAACUGGGUAUGCAGCUAUAAAGCAUUUUCUUUUUCCUGUUGGCUUACAUAUGCUGGAAAGAAGCUUUGCCAAGUAAGAAACUGCAGAAAUAUUCCAGUAAAAAAAUCAUUUUUUUUCUUGGUCAACUGGAAUGAAACGAUCACUUUUCCACUUGAAAUAAAGUCACUGCCAAGGGAAUCCAUGCUCACUAUAAAACUAUUUGGGAUUAUUUGUGCAACCAGUAAUGCAGAUUUAUUAGCCUGGACUUGUCUUCCAUUGUUUCCAAAAGACAAAGCCAUUCUUGGGCCUAUGCUAUUCAGUAUGACCUUACAGAGUGAACCCCCCAUAGAAAUGAUAGCUCCAGGAGUGUGGGAUGUAAGUCAGCCAUCCCCAGCGACCCUGCAGAUUGAUUUUCCAGCUAUUGAGUGGGAGUUUAUGAAACUUGAUUCUGAAGAGAAUAGAAGUAAUCUUGAAGAACCACCAAAAGAGUGUUUAAAACAUAUUGCCAGACUUUCACAGAAGCAUUCGCCUUUAUUACUCUCUGAGGAAAAGAGAAGAUACUUAUGGUUUUAUCGCUUCUACUGCAAUAGUGAAAACUGCUCCAUUCCUUUAGUCCUGGGUAGUGCCCCUGGAUGGGAUGAAAGGGCUGUUUCAGAAAUGCAUACCAUUUUGAGAAGAUGGAAAUUUUCUCACCCUUUGGAGGCACUUGGACUUUUGACUUCGAGUUUUCCAGAUCAAGAAAUUCGUAAAGUGGCAGUUCAACAGUUAGACAACCUCUCGAAUGAUGAACUACUGGAGUAUCUCCCGCAACUAGUCCAGGCUGUCAAGUUUGAAUGGAACCUUGAAAGUCCUCUGGUGCAGCUCCUAUUACACCGCUCAUUGCAAAGCAUCCAGAUUGCCCAUCGUCUUUACUGGCUGCUAAAGGAUGCACAGAAUGAAGCUUAUUUUAAAAGCUGGUAUCAGAAGCUAUUGGCCGCUCUCCAAUUCUGUACAGGAAAAGCCUUGAGUGAUGAGUUUUCCAAGGAGAAGAAGCUUAUCAAAAUUCUGGAAGACAUUGGGGAAAAAGUCAAGUCUGCCAGUGACCCUCAAAGACAGGAGGUACUGAUGAAAGAGAUUGGAAGACUGGAAGAAUUCUUUCAGCAUAUAAAUACCUGUCACCUUCCUGUGAACCCUGCCCUAUGCAUAAAGGGGAUUGAUCGCAAGGCAUGUUCAUAUUUCACAUCGAAUGCUUUGCCAUUGAAGAUCACUUUCAUCAAUGCCAAUCCAAUGGGCAAAAACAUUAGUGUCAUUUUCAAGGCCGGAGAUGAUCUUCGUCAGGAUAUGUUUGUUCUGCAGAUUAUUCAAGUGAUGGACAAUAUUUGGCUGCAGGAGGGCCUGGAUAUGCAAAUGAUCAUUUACGCAUGUCUAUCCACAGGAAAAGACCAAGGAUUGGUACAGAUGGUGCCUGAUGCUGUCACCCUAGGUAAGGUCCAUCGCCACUCUGGACUGAUAGGACCGCUGAGAGAAAAUACAAUCAAAAAGUGGUUCAGUCAGCACAACCAUUUGAAGGUGGAUUAUGAGAAGGCCUUGAGGAAUUUUUUCUAUUCCUGUGCUGGCUGGUGUGUGGUAACAUUCAUCUUGGGAGUCUGUGACCGACAUAACGACAAUAUCAUGCUGACAAAGUCAGGCCACAUGUUUCAUAUUGACUACGGAAAAUUCUUAGGUCACGCCCAAACGUUUGGAGGGAUAAAGAGAGACCGAGCCCCUUUUAUUUUUACUUCAGAGAUGGAGUACUUUAUUACAGAGGGUGGCAAAAACCCACAGCAUUUCCAAGAGUUUGUGGAGCUUUGCUGUCGAGCUUAUAAUAUUGUCAGAAGGCACAGCCGACUGCUCUUGAACCUGCUAGAAAUGAUGCUACAUGCAGGAUUGCCUGAGCUGAGUGGGAUCCAAGACCUGAAAUAUGUGUAUAAUAAUCUUCGUCCACAAGACACUGACCUGGAAGCAACAAGUCAUUUUACCAAGAAAAUAAAGGAAAGUCUGGAAUGCUUCCCUGUUAAGUUAAAUAACUUGAUCCACACACUUGCACAAAUGACAGCUAUAAGUCCUGCCAAAUCUACUUCACAGACUUUUUCCCAGGAAUCCUGUGUGCUGAGUGCAACCAGGUCAAUUCGAAGAGCCACAAUUUUAGGGUUCAGCAAGAAAAUGAAUAAUCUGUAUCUGAUCCAGGUGACACACGGGGACAAUGAAACAAUGCUGACAGAAAAAUCAUUUGAACAGUUUUCAAAACUUCACAGCCAACUGCAGAAGCAGUUUGCAGCACUGCCUCUUCCAGAAUUUCCUCAUUGGUGGCACUUACCUUUUACAAAUUCAGAUCACAAAAGAUUCAGAGAUCUAAAUCAUUAUAUGGAACAGAUAUUAAAUGGAUCCUUUGAAGUUGCAAAUAGUGAUCAUGUACUCAGGUUUUUUCUGUCUAAGCCUGUGCAAAAAACAAUUGAAGAAUCAUCACUUGUUGAUCUAGGUGAAAAGUUUCCUGACAAGAGGCCUAAGGUGCAGUUAGUCAUAUCAUGUGAGGAUGCGAAGCUGACCAUACUGGUGAAACACAUGAAAAAUAUUCAUCUCCCAGAUGGCUCUGCGCCCACUGCACAUGUUGAAUUUUAUCUUUUACCAUAUCCCAAUGAAGUUCGUAGGAGGAAAACAAAAUCUGUUCCAAAAUGUACUGACCCCACUUACAAUGAAAUUGUGGUAUAUGAUGAAGUCACAGAGCUUCAGGGACGUGUUUUAAUGCUUGUUGUGAAGAGCAAAACCACUUUUGUGGGAGCAAUUAACAUCCAACUCUGUAGUGUCCCACUCAAUGAAGAGAAAUGGUAUCCACUAGGAAACAGUAUAAUUUGACCAUUGUAAUGAACAUGUGCAUUAUUCAUUAACUACUUAUAUAUUUUUUUCACUUCUGGGGCUCUCUAUCACCAGAGCAGGACAUUUUUGUUGUCAAAGGUAGCAUAGUGUACUAAGGACACAAGGAAAAGAAAUCUGGAUCAGUCUUCUAUAGCUACUUAUUUUCUAUCUGUAUUUUACUUUCUUAGAAUCUCUUCUCCAUAAAUAGAGCACUGAAUGAUUGUGUAAAAUUUAGAAUGUAAAAUAAAAGGGCUUUUAAUUUGAAUUCAUCUUUUAAAUCAAACAUGCUCAAAUUUUGUUUUAAUUCUGUACCUACAGUAAAAACCAUUAUUUUAAUGCAUAUUCUAAGAAAAAUAAGCAAAGCCAUCUCAUCAUCUAAUUCAAGACCUAAGUAUCUCUGUAACAGAUUUUUUAAAUUUGAAUUACAUAUAUAUGCCUAUAGGCUCACUUAUAAUCCUACUUAUUGGGAGUAUUGGUAAGCUCCAACACAUUGCUAUCUUAUUCUCUAUGAGAAAAACAAAGUAUAAAUGCCUGAAAUCCUUAAAUCCAGUUUUCUGAAGAAACUUCUUUGUAGUUUUUCACACUCUCAAUACCGAUUUAUUAUCACUGGAUUUCACCCAACCAGAGACAUGAUCACAUUUUAAACUUCAUUAUCACCUAACUCUAACAUCUCAAACUCUGGAAUUCUCCCCUCUGAGCCAAACCUCUUCUCUCUGUACAUGAAGAAUGUUCCUUACUUCUGAAUGUACUUUCACAUUCACCAUGACCUGAAUAAACAGUCCCACAGAAUUUCACCUGCAAAGUAACUACAAGUUCCAGCACUGUACAAUCCUUAAGAGAAUCAAACAGGAUAUUUUUUAAAAUCCAUGCCAUUUAAACUACUUUAAAA